CCCCCAUGCCAAUAGAACAGUGAGCAACGGCACAUGACAACCACAGCUAUGUCAUAGCCAGUGUCUAUCAUCGCCGUUCUCAAGUUUCCAACUCCUACGCGAUCAUCUGCUCCUCCACUGGCCAGUGUCAGUGCGAGUUCACGGGAUGGUAUAUUAAAUUUUGGCCACUCUACACAAGUUUUCCCUACUCAAGGCGGAAUUCGGAUGGCAAGCAAUGACGCCCUUUGGCUCUUUAUCCGCGAUGCAGGAAAACCUCAACGUCACUGAUCGUCCACGGGUGGGAAGAAAAGAAGUUGUAGACAAUAGAGAAUAUAAGUACGGUCUAUCCAGACUCCACAGUUGAAAUAGCCCGUCCUCUCGACUUAGUGAUAUCUCACGACCGGCAAGAUCGACCAUCAAUAACAAUUCAACAACAUCAGACCCAAAAGACCUAAAACUCCAAGAGACCAAGCAUGGAGACCAUCAAGAACAUCCUCCACCCAAACAAAACCCACCACACCCAUCCGGCCCAACACGCCGACGUCAACGCCAACGCCGGUAUGCCAGGCACAACUCAAGCCGCCCCUGCCCCUGCCCACGCUCCCGGCAUCGGCGACAGCACACACCACAACCAUCACCGGGCUGGUACCGUCACAGGGGCUGGGGCCGGGGCCGGGGCCGGGGCGCAGCCGGGUGUCAUCCCCGGAGACGUGCGCGUGUCGGCCGAGUCCGGGAAUAACUUCCCCGGCACGAACCCUGAUCCGGCUCACUCGGCCCUCGGGGUAGGGGGCCGUGGGCAGGGGGCGGCUUUCCCGGGGAGGGAGUAGGCGGCUAGUGAGGUGCAGGAGGGAGUGGGAUUAGUUGAUGGGUGAUAUCCCCAGCUUCGGAAUUUAUAAGUUUGGCGUGUUUGUGGGUUUCGAUUAUGAAGAUGUAGCGUGGAUUCGGGGAUACUAUGUCCUGCAUUGUUGAUAUGAUUUCGAUGUUUCGCAACCUGAGAAGUAUCAUGGGACUGAUGUCCCAAGUAAUAAGCUUAAUCCUACUUAGUAUAUCAUAUGGGGUU